AUGGGAGCAAUGAGAUUGAUGAGGAAGUUAUUCCUAGUUGCUCUAUGUUUGGCUUUGGUUUUGGGGCUCAGUGAGAGUUUCGAUUUUCAAGAGAAGGAACUGGAGACUGAAGAGAGAUUGUGGGAUUUGUAUGAGAGGUGGAGAAGCCACCACACAGUGUCUAGGAGUCUAGAUGAGAAGCACAAGAGGUUUAAUGUGUUCAAGGCAAAUCUGCAUUAUGUUCACAACUUUAACAAGAAUGAUAAGCCUUACAAAUUGAAGUUGAACAAGUAUGCAGACAUGACUAACCAUGAGUUUAAAAGCGUUUAUGCUGGUUCUAAGGUUAACCACCACAGGAUGUUCCGAGGGAUUCCCCAUGGGAACGGAACGUUCAUGUAUCAGAACGUCAAUAUAGUCCCACCAUCCGUUGAUUGGAGGAAGAAAGGCGCUGUUACACCUGUCAAGGACCAGGGCCUAUGUGGUAGUUGUUGGGCAUUUUCAACAGUUGUGGGAAUUGAGGGAAUAAACCAAAUCAAAACAAACAAGUUGGUUUCAUUAUCUGAGCAAGAGCUUGUUGACUGUGACACUAAAGAAAAUGAAGGUUGUAAUGGAGGGUUGAUGGAUUUGGCAUAUGAUUAUGCCAAGAAGAAUGGAGGCUUAACAACAGAGGCAAACUACCCUUACAAAGCUGAAGAUGGAAACUGUGAUGCACAGAAGGCGAAUUCUCCGGCAGUGUCAAUUGAUGGACAUGAGGAUGUGCCUGUUAAUGAUGAGGAUGCAAUGCUGAAAGCUGCUGCUAACCAACCUUUAUCUGUCGCCAUAGAUGCCGGGGGUUCUGAUUUCCAGUUCUACUCAGAGGGCGUAUUCACCGGAAACUGCGGCACAGAGCUGGAUCACGGGGUGGCGAUAAUCGGCUACGGAACAACCCUCGACGGAACCAAGUACUGGAUAGUGAAGAAUUCAUGGGGGCCAGAUUGGGGAGAGAAGGGCUACAUAAGGAUGAAGCGUGGCAUCCAUGAUAAAGAGGGACAGUGUGGUAUAGCAAUGGAGGUCUCAUAUCCUAUCAAGAACUCCUCAACUAACCCUGGAGGACCUUCUAAAUCCCCUCCUAAGGAUGAACUCUGA